GUCCAUGGACCAUGGUGGAGGGAGUUAUUUCUAUUAAGAAGUCUUGGAAAUUUAUUUUCCUUUUUUGCUACAUGUAUGAGCUUGACAUGUAUAGGGACCUAUUGAAAUAUACCCCAAUUUAGUUUCAGUUUUAAAAUUAUAAUCAGACAUGCCAACCAUUCCCUUUUUAGAGUAUUUGUUUCUCUUUUUUGCUAUGAAUACGGCAAUACGCUUCUUUGUAUGAUUUGUUACUUCUUUUUAAAUUUCCGAUCAUGGAGUAUGUAUUAUACGCAGCGCGGGACGCUAGCGCCGGUCCGACAGUCCCAGACCGGUAAAAAUCACUGUCGGGCAAGUAACUUGUUGCAUGAAAUGAACAAGUAAAUCCUUGCCAACGUGCACCUGUUUAAAAUGGUGAAUUAUCAAGUUUUCAAGUAGAGUAAUUUCACAUGUUUUUUUCACCGAUCUCACUACAACAGGCUGGCGAUUGUUACGUUGAGACAAAUUUUCAAAAAUACUCUUUUUGUCAAAAAAUAAGUUUUUUCCUACUAGAAUACCUUUUUUUGUUGUAGAAGGUUGACAGGUCUGUAUAAUGAUUGCUAACUACAUGUAGUAUAGACUUUGAAAUUUAUUUGGCCAAAGUUUUAUGCUAUCCCUGAGACCAAAUGUGACCAUGUACAGUAGCAUACAUGUACAUGUGUACAUCUACUCCUCUUUUUUUAUCCAAAAGAUGAGCUAGAAAUCUUGGUAUUGUAUGCUUAAUUUCCACUAAAUGUUUCGUUUAUCUUUCAGGGGGUUCACUUGCCAAUAGUUUGGCUAUUAUGACUGAUGCUGCCCAUCUUCUAAGUGACUUCGCAAGUUUCCUUAUCAGCAUCUUUGCCCUGUGGGUUGCCAAGAGACCAGCUACAACGAGGAUGUCAUUUGGCUACUAUAGAGCAGAGGUCCUUGGUGCCGUAAUAAGCGUGCUAAUAAUCUGGAUUGUGACUGGAAUUCUGUGUUAUCUGGCUGUCUUGAGGAUUAUCAACGAUGAAUAUAAAAUAGAACCCAAUAUUAUGCUUAUUACUUCUGGAAUCGGAGUGGUCAUCAAUAUUAUAUUAAUCAUCAUUUUGCAGGCAGGUGGAGGCCACCUACACAGUCAUGGGGGUGGGGGAGGCCAUCAGCAUCUGGUGGAGGAGGAUGCAGAAGGGGGCAAAAACAGCAAACAUGAUAAAAAGAAUAUUAAUGUUAGAGCAGCUUUUAUCCAUGUUAUUGGUGAUCUCAUUCAGAGUAUUGGUGUCUUAAUAGCAGCUGGUAUCAUCAAAGCAAAUUCUGACUGGAAGAUUGCGGAUCCUAUCUGUACAUUUUUGUUUUCCAUCUUAGUACUCAUCACAACUCUUACUGUAUUAAGAGAUGCUCUCAAUGUUUUAAUGGAAGGUGUACCCAGACAUAUCAAUUAUCCAACUCUUAAGAAUGAUUUAGAUACAUUACCAGGAGUCAAAUUUGCUCAUAGUCUUCAUGUAUGGAGCUUGACAACAUCCAAAGCAGCCAUAGCAGUACACCUAGCAAAAGCUGAAGAUGCAGAUAGCGAAGACGUUUUACAGGAAGCAUCCAAGAUGAUACAAAAAAAAUAUGGAAUACAUUUCAUGACCAUCCAAGUAGAAAAGUACCAACAUGAGGCCAUGACCAACUGUGCAAGAUGCUCAGAGCUGUGAUGGUGAGGAGCCAAUCAGAAUAAAUCCAGAGGUCCUUCCAUUCACUAAGCUUACAGUAUUUGUCUUUAUUCUGGACCUUGGUAUAGUUUGACCAUGGUCUAGUUAUGGACAGCCAAACCUCUUCAAACUUUCCUGCAUUCCUCUUUCAUGAAGCACUAAAGAUGAUCGCUAUUUUAGUAGUCACUCAGGUUUCUGAUAUACACAUUAUGUCAGACACAGGGCCUUGUCCAAAGGCUAAACGAAAUGUUGCAGAGCAUUGUGUGGAUAACCGUUCGGUUAACUGCUGCUUGUUGAUUCUAAUGCAGGGUUUAAGAACAACUUAAUGCUGAUAUUACUUGAUGUUUCUAUUUUGAAGUUAGAGAGUACAUCCGUCAUGCUUUGAUGAGACAUAGUUCAUGCUUUAUGUGAUGAUUACACUACAAGCUGAAAUUUGCAUAUAGUUUUUUUUUUAAGGAAGUCCAUUGUUGUAAAGUGAUCCACUUUGAAGAAUCAUUCCAGCACUUACAGAUGUGGCAGUGCUUAAGAAUAUUACGUGAAGAUGUACCAAAAAAAUAAUUAUGGUUCUCCUAUAUAGAAGAUGCAGCUUAACUGGAACCCCCCAAAAAGAUAUUCCAGUUAUUUGAAGAAUAUUAUAUACAUCACUUUUUUUUAAUACGUAAUCCUAUUCAUUAUGAUCAUACAGGGUAAUAUAAUCUUACAUUGCUUUGACUUCAACUCCUCAAGGUUUCUUGAAUAGAUAUGUUUAAAAUGAAAUAAAAGGCACCUCCUUGCAAAAAAAAAAAACGAAGCAAAAAAAAUGAGCUGCUGUUCUUUCCCUAUUUCUUCCAUUGUCAAAUAUAUCCCUUAUUAUUUUCUUCAUAUAAUUUUUGUAUAUCCUCAUUAUGUAUUGUUUUUCUUACCCAUUUACUUUCUUGUUCAUUUUAUGGUGCUCUGGAAAUGACAUUCUCCUUGUACCCAUAACACUUUACUUCACUCUUAACCUGCUAUACUAAUUAUUGCCUGAUUAUUGCCAAAUGAGAAGGGUCUUAACUGUGAUUAUAAUUGUUAUCAAGUAAUAUUACCAAUACUGACUCCAUUUCUGAAUAUGCCCUAUUGUGGCAUAAAGAUAAAGAUCUCUCUAAAAAAAAUUUAAAUCAUAUUAAGAGUGUUACUUUGAUAAAAGUUCAUGUACUCAGUGGUUUGCUGUGUAAAACUAAAUGCUGUCAUUCUCUAUACACAACUCCUGAAAUGAGGUCGCCCUAAAAUCAUGAUCGGCUGUACAUUUGGUUGGGUGAAUUAUAAUUGUAAUUGUAAUUAGUUAUUGAUAAUUGUUUCACCUUCAUAAAGAAAUUUACCAGUAACAAUGAAAUAGAGAAAUAGAGUACAAAGGUCACAUCUGCACUUAAAAUGAAAUUGGCUGCUUGAAUUGAUCCCUGCCAUAUUACCAAAUUUGUGAACACUUGUGGAGAAUAAACUUUCGUGAAUAUUACCCUUUUACACUGUUUGACUGAAAAUACACUGUUUAUUCAAUUUUAUUGCCGAAUUGCAAAAAAAAAUACAUGGGUUUCAAAAUGAAGAUUUCAUCAACAACAUAUAAACAUUUCUUACAUUGAUAUGGUCACCAUUCAAAGUCUUCUCUGGGAUUUGCCUCCAACAAACUAAAAUAUUGGUAAGAAAGUUGCCUUUUGGGUUGAAAGGGAACCUUGAAUCCAAUAAUUCAAGAUUUGCAAAGAACAAAGGAAAAGUCUUCCUAUUGUCUUGGUGACAAAUUACCCAUCUUUUUGGUAACAUCUCCAAAAUGAUCUUCCAUAUGUUGUUUAUUGUAAAUGUAGUGCAUUCCUCUUCUGAUGAAAUCUUCCCUCUCCAUAUUUUUUCCAAGGAUAUGCAUUUUCAUGUAGGUUGAGAAAUAGAGUUGCUUUUUGGUAGAUUGCCAGGAUAAGAUAACAAGAGACUAAUUAUGGCCAUUGUCCAACAGAUCAGUAAUGAACUGACAUAGCAAUGCACCUGAAUCAUUGCAUAGUCAAUUAAAACAACUUUCUUUAUUUAGUUUUGCAUUCCUCGAGACAUCUAUGCAGAACCAAUUUAUCUAAUGAGAAGGCGGUAAUAAGGUAUUUUAGUACUGCAUUGCAACUUCCAAGUAAUUGUUUCCAAGGUAUUUCAUAUCAUCAGUAUAGAGUCAAACAUGAAGUGUUUGAUAUUGUUAUUAAUUCAUUAUGCAUAGUAGAUAAUUAUUGUUCACUCACUUCAGUGUAGCAUAGCUCUGCACAAGGCUGCAAGUGAUGCCCUAUGCAUGCAUGGACUGGAUAUGAAAUCUAUACUAAUUACAGAGUGCAACCAACUAUACAUUUACAAUCCCAAUGUUAUCUUCUGUUCUCUCCUUGUCUGACAGUUACAAAGCGGCAAUUUUCUUUUGAAACAUAUGCACACAUUGUAUACUUAUGCCUACAUGAUAUAAUAUUUGAUGCAAGAUAAAAAGAGACAUGGAGACAACUUGCCUUUGCUCCAAGACCUUAAGUGCCAUACCAUGGCCCCAGUGCACAAAGGUUACUAUUAUAGUAACUUUGUCAUCCAAUGGUAACUGCCAUGGUAACAAUGCUCAUCAGCCAAUCAAAAUGAAGCAUUCCAUGCAAGUUACCAUUCAAUGGUUACCAUAAUGGUAACUUUUAUGCAACCAGUCCCAGGAAUCAAUAAUGCAUUGGCAUCACUAAUGCAUAAAGCAUUUUCAUUUAUUUGAUGCAAGAUAAAAGAUCACUUAAUGUAGAUAAAAUGCCUUGGUCAAUGGCCAUGCCAGGUAUCGACCCCUGGACGUUCAUGGUGUAGUCAGGCAUCUUAGAGCAGUCGUCCACGCCACUAAGGCACCCCAUUUUGUAACCAAAUCAAACAGAAGGCUGCCCUCUAUUGGCAAUAUUUGUGGCAGAUUGUUUUUGGCAUUGUCAGAAGAUCUAGAGAGAAUAUAAAGGCUUGGUCCCACUGCAUUAACGGAUGCAGAGAGGAUGUGAAUUGGAAAAGAAUCUUGCCAUCCGUUGGAAAACGUUAGGUAUCCGUUGUGUACUCUUCGCAUAUGUGUUUCAUACGCUCUAUAUCCAUCCAUGUUAAUUGCAAAUUUACGAUGACUGAUGGUCUAUUUUGAUGCAUUGAUUGCAGAUUUGCAACGGUAAUUUGUGAUCAAUCACAAAUAUGUUUUGCUAUUCUCCCUUUGAAAGGAAUAACAUGAAUUAAUGGUAAUGGAAACAAUCGUCUUUCACUCCAUAAAUUUGUUUAUAUCUGGGAGUAUGUGUUUCAAAACAAACUAUUGCUGCUUUUGUUUUAGCCUUAAGAAAUGUUUCUUCAUUGCUAUUUUGAUUUUUUGUUGUUCUUGUAUUGAUUUGUUGAAAAAUUGAAAAUGGUAUUCAAUUAGACACAAAGGAAUUGUUUUGUAUAGUUCCAUGCUCUGGCGACAAUUGCUCCGCUCCAAAUCCACUCACCAACUGAAGAUUUAUUUUCAACCCUGGAUUCAACGUUGUGCCCUACCUUAAACCUAACAUAAAACCGUAUUGCAACCCCAACCCUACAUCUUAAGAUGAAAAAAAGCCUGGAGCAAUUGUCACAGGAGCAAAUGUCAGGAAGCAUUGUCAUACAGCUGUUCCUAAGUGGCAUGCACGCUAUUCCAAUAGUUAUCGGGUUUUUCAUAAUCAGUUUAGCUGAAGUUGGGAUGUGUUGUUUUUCUGUUUUCUGUAGUAAUUACAAAAUUUGCCACACUGUUGAAUUAUUUGUCUAAUCCACAAACUUUGGGGAACAUUUUGAAUUACAUUUCACAUUCCAUUGGUUGGUAAACUCAUUGGUAAUCUUUAAGAUCAGAUUCAUGAGACAGCCCCUGAUAUGUUUUAUUCAUCUUCUAUAAAAGCCCCGUACUUCAUGUGCAAUUGAACAAACUAUGCUAAGUUUUGUUUUAGUUUAUGUAUAUUUUAGACUUUGUAGGUAAUAGAACAUCAUGUGUUAAAUGUUUUAUGAAAUAAAUUACUGCUUCUUUACUCUAGUAUAAUACCUCAGAUACAUCAAGUAAAAAGCAGCAAGCUCAGCAACCUGCAACACUGACCUUAUCCGUCGGACCAAAGUUUUAUUCAGAUUAUGGAUUAUAAACCUGUGCAUUGUCACCACUUCUCUUAUAUCACUUAAGUAUUCUCUGUGUAAUUUUAACUGGAUGGUGUACUCCUUAAAUUUGCAUGCAUCAUCUUUGCAUUAAAAAAAUCGAUCAUUUGUAAAUUUACCAAUGAUAUGACCUUGACAGACCAUUAACAUAUAUAGAGUAUUUGAAUUGUUCUCUACCUCAAAUUAAUAGUAAUGAUUAUAGUAUAGGGUAUGUGUAUAGCACACGUAUCUGCCUUGAUAGGUGCUCAAGGCUCUCAUAUAUUACUUAUAUACUCCAACUAAGCUCGGCUACCGAUUCCGAUGCACUCGGCUUUCUGAGGAAUUACUUCCGGCCAGCUACCAUUUACCUCACCUGGGUUGAGUGCAAGCACAUUGUGUAUAGAUUUCUUGCUUAAAGAAUUAUCCUAUGGCUGGAUUCGAACCCACAACCCACUAUUUCAAAGUUUGGAGGCUGAUCCACUGGGCCGCAACAAUAAGAUCUCAUCUUGUUCUAAGCAAAGUCGCCUUAAUGAUUUCAAAGGGUUAUUUUUUUCAAAAGAAUCAUUAUGAUGGGAGAUGGUUGUUGAUAAGUUAGGAAGCUGUGUUUUAGAAACAGAAUUAUAUUAGCUUGAAUUUUCAUGAGAUUUUGUCGUAGUUUAAAGUUUCUGCUAUUGUGUGUGGCCUACAGCCGUGGAUCCAAGAUUUAUUAAGGUGUUGCAAUUCGUCAUCAAAAUUUGACCAGCAAACCACCCCUCCCCUUUCUCAAUAAAAAGUUUAUCACUUACAAAAUGAAGUGCAUUUUGUCUCCAGAAAAGGAGAUGAAUUGAAGCAAAACAAAAUCACUUUCAAAUGAAGCAAUUUAGGGGAUGAGGUUGAAAUUUUUCAAGGUGUGCCCACUUCUUUCGCCAAACAUCAACUGAAUCUGUAAAAAGCUGACUAUGCUGAAUUAAUAAACCAAACUUGAAUAUUUACUCAAA